AUCUGACAUGAGGUCGUGGCAGUUUGCAACCAACGAAGCUCACUGCCACGAUGAGAAAGGAAAGAAUACCAACCAAUAACCAUUGCAAAUUUUUGCAUAUAUUCCGCGAAUGAGAAGCGGUCCUGAAAUGGCAUUAUCCGAUGUUUGAAAACCACUCAUCCCUCACCCGGCAGAUGGACGUCAUUCCCUUUCCGGUGCAGUAUUUUCGUUGCCAGAAGGAAGGUUUGGGGGCGCAGGGCAGUUUCACGUGCAGAGCAACGCGCACGAGCAGAAGUCUGGUCUUGUUCACAGCCUUCCCGCGACGUUACAGCCCUCUCUCAACUCUACCUCGAGCCAAGUUCACGCUGACAGAGCCGGCAGCUGUCAUACGCUUCUGCUUCUUCUGUUCUGGCCUCACGAUGAUGGACCACCAUUCCAGAGGCUGCUACGUGUUCAACACAAGAGAUGGACGUCCGCCGCCCGACUGUCGCAAGGCUCGGGGGCUCUUCAACAGGGUAUAUAAGACCGACAAUCUGAAGCGGCCUGCUAGUGCUGUAGACAUAAAAAGGACUACAAGCUGUUAA